UCCUCCUUGCAAGUUGGUCGCCUCCUCGCCCGGACUUCCUCGCUUGGGCAGCAGCCGGGUCGGGCAUGGGCCAUGAGCUCCGUCUGGAAGCGGCUGCAGCGCGUCGGCAAACGGGCCGCCAAGUUCCGCUUCGUCGCCUGCUACCAGGAGCUGGUGGUGGAGUGCACCAAGAAAUGGCAACCAGACAAGCUAAUUGUGGUUUGGACACGGAGGAACCGACGGAUUUGCUCCAAGGCUCACAGCUGGCAACCGGGCAUCAAGAAUCCUUACCGAGGCGAAGUGGUAUGGAUGGUGCCAGAAAACGUGGACAUUAUGGUCACGCUUUAUCGGGACCCUCACGUGGAAGAAUACGAAGAUAAAGAUUGGACUUUUGUGGUAGAAAAUGAAUCAAAGGGGCAACGUAAGGUCCUCGCCUCGGUCGACGUGAACCUCAAGCGCUUCGCCAGCCAGAUGCCCAAUCAGGUGGACUUGAACCUGAAGCUGAAGCCCAAGUCGGUGAAAGUCGUGGCCGCGUCCCUCCAGCUCACUCUCUCGUGCGUUUUCUUGCACGAGGGAAAAGCCACGGAUGAUGACAUGCAAAGCCUGGCCAGUUUGAUGAGCUUCAAGCCAUCCGACAUCGGCAAUUUGGAGGACUUUCCCGAAAGCGACGAGGAGAUGGACGAAACCUCGAAACACGGCCGGGCGGAGGAUGCGGUGGGCCAUACGGCGUCCUCUCAAGGAUGCCUCAAAAACGUUGCGAUGAAUUCUUUCGCAGACACAUCACGGGAUCUGAACCCCUUGGCUGAGGAGGAGGAAGAUCCCUCUGGCCGUUCUCCAUCGCCUUCCAAGGCAUGUCGCAAGGAAGCCAUGGCCGCGGUCCUGGAGCCAGCCCUGGAGAGCCACGGAAACGUCUCCAGAGGUUCCCCGCAUCCCGAGCCGAAAGCUGCUUCUGUUGCUCCUGACACGCUUGUGUUUGACGUAAGUGGUGAGGAGUGUAAAACCGGGAAUGUGAGGCUCAGCGGGGCGAACGGUUCCCGUACGGCACCAAAUGGCAACCCAGGAGGGACGGGGACCAGGAACGGCAUGCCGGGCACUUCAUCAUCGGUGCAGGCGGGGGCUGAAGAGGAGCACGGAAGCACGGGGCCAGCGUCACUUAGUGCAAUCGACACAAGGCCAACUGAUAUCUGGAAACCCAGGGAGGACCGCUCUGUUUCUCCGCCCCCCAGGAGAAAAAGCACGCCAAAGGAAUCUGUUAAAAGACUCCUUUCACCGCCAUUUACAUCCAAGGAUGUACCUGUGCGGAAACGCAAACUGGGGAAGGCGACGGGGUCCUCGGAUCCCCCAACGCCUGCUGUGGAGACCCUCGCAACUUUGGAAGAUAACCUCGUUCCUCUUCCCACGCCCGUUAUCCUGGAUAAACCAUCCCUGGAAAAACCCGGAUACGAGAGUCUCAACGAAGCGGCUCCUUUGCCGUCCCCAUCCGGAAACCCCAUGGUGAUGUAUUUUAUGGAGGACGCAGCCCUCGCCCAACACGAUCCUGUUGUUCUCAACCGCGGGCCGGAUUCCCGAGGAUUGUCUUCGGAUGCCGCGUACCUGGCACUGUCUCCUUCUCUUGGGGGUCCCUCGCUGGCGCCAUGGGAUUUUCGGCCAGAGACGGCUGGCGAAGUGCAGGAUGGCGCGGAAGAAGGAACAGCGUUGACUGCCGUUCUGGAAACCUCAAGCGACAGCGUUCCCUCGGAACUGGUGGAAGACACGGAGACAAUCAUGGAGAAAGACGAGCUGGCCCAAGACAGGUUGGGGGGUUGUGAGGCGGGGGCUUCGGAGUUACCAGCUGAGAAGGAAGAGGAGGAGGAGGAGGAGGAGGAGAAGAAGAAGGGUGAGGCUGAAAGGCAGGAGAAUCGGAGAGGAGACGAACACUUCGCGCCUGCCGUAGAAACCAUUCCUGGAGAAGAGGCGCACCGGAUCCUGGAUGAGGCAGACCGGAGCUCCCCGAGAGUUGACGUCCUUCAGGGCAAACUUUCUCCUACGUCUUCGUCUUCCCAGGACGGACAACUGGUGAUGGAGGACGAGGAAAGCAGGCCCGGAUCAGAGGUUCUCUCUUCGCCGUUGAUGAUGGGUAGGGAAGACAUGGCCGGGGAAUCCCUGUGGGACAUACCCCGUUGCCCUUCUUCUGCUAUGCCCAACCUGGAGGAAGGUAAGAGGAAGGACCUGGGAGUUGUAGAGGGGGCACCCCAAAGCCCUCUAGAAGAGCCAAAGCGCCCGAGGUUGGAAAGUGAGGACGAGGGAACCGAGGAGAAGAGGGACGUAGAAGGAAGCGAAGUCUCCAGACAGGCCGCGGACCAGACGGCUGAAACGGAGUGUACCAUGAACGAGGAAGGAAAGGAUGGAGGCCAAGAUGAUGGCUGGAAGAAACUUUCAGAAGAAACCCUGGAAGAUGCUAUGCUGGAGGAACCCAACACCCAUCUGAAUGGGAGCCCGGAGACUUUGGGCCAAACACAGCCGGACAGUCCAGAGGCUUGUGGCUUAGGGUCAUCUUGGAGUGGCGAUCCCGCACAGUCUUCCCAGAAUGUCCCCCCCAGCCAAAGUCUGCCAGACCACAAAGAAGAAAGCCUAGAGAGUCCUUUAGAAGGUUUGACCCAGAGACCCACGGAGACAGAAGUGUUUGCGCCCCGCGCCGCCAGCCCGCCUGUAUCUCAGGAUUCUGCCCUGCCUGCCCCAGGUCCCUGUAGGAGUGCUGGGCCCUGCCAGGAAGCCCCGGUGCUGAGCCCCGUGUCCUGUGGCACAGCCCCCCAUGUGGGACCCGAAGGGAAAGAUCAGGCCGAGUCGCUCAGCAGCCCCACCCUGGUGAACUCCAGCCAUUGCCUGCUACAAUGGUGCCAGGAAGUGACGGCCGGCCAUCGGGGGGUCCGUGUGACCAAUUUCACCACGUCCUGGCGCAACGGUCUGGCUUUCUGUGCCAUUCUGCACCACUUCCAUCCGGAACAGAUCAACUACGAAGCUCUGGAUCCCCUUGACAUCAAAGAGAACAAUAAACUGGCCUUUGACGGCUUUGCCACGCUGGGCAUCUCCCGGCUAAUGGACCCGGCAGAUAUGGUCUUUUUGACGGUGCCCGAUCGGUUGAUCGUGAUGACGUACCUUUGCCAGAUCCGGGCAUUUUUUACUGGACAGGAACUCAACGUGGUACAGUUUGCCAGCCACAAUAGCGAGACUACUUACAAAGUGGGCAAAUUCGACACAGAUUCCUCGGGCUCGGUUGAUCCGGCUGUGUUUUACUCCCAACAUCUGCAAAGUAACGCGGAGAAGCCAGGGAAGAUUCUAGAAGCCAAGGGGGAUUCUGGGAAAGCAGCAAAAUUGGAGGAGAAGCAGAGAGGAGAAGCGGACUCUGCUGUCCCGGAGGAUUCUGGGCGGCCUGAAGGGGCAAACGAGGCAAAGGAUUCUGGGAAUGAAGCCGUCGCGGAGACCGUCCCCCGCAAGGAGACCGAGGGGCAGCCGGGCGCGAAGCCAAAUGGCUCAGGAGCGAUCGGCAGCGUCACCUCCGUAGGGCCAGAAGUCAAAAAUGGGGUGGCCCCUGAAGAAAAUAAAACAAUAUUUCUUGGUCCUGUGGAUUAUAAACCCCACGAGAACGUGGCAGACGAGAUCACCCCAAAUUCACAGCGUCUUCUCGCGGAAAUCUCCAAACCCGACAGAUUGAUCAACGGUGCCCCUUCACCUUUCGAACGGGAGGAUUCUGGGGGCGAAACCCCAAGGCAUGAUGGGAAAGGACUGGCCAACGGCUCCUCGGGUGUCUCCAACCAGGACCCGGGGGAAUCUGGGAAAUGCGAGGCGGACAUGGAGAAGAUCGGUAAGGACGAGAAGAUGGUUGCACCUCCCCGGCUCAAACGGCUCACCUCCCGGGGCAGCGUGGAGCGUCCCGUCCAGCACGCCCCCUCGGCGGGCACCGCAGGCCCCAUAGCGCCACCCCGGUCCCACUCCAUCAAAUCCGCCUUUGCUCACAUGCGCGACGCAGACCUGGUGAAGAAGCGACGGUCACGGUUGAAGAGUGAGUCCCUCUCGGUGGAUGAGACGGAAGGGGGUGGACAGGUGGAGGAAUCCAACCCGCGACGGACGGCGGACGAUGUUUGCAACGAGGGGACGAAGGUCCGACAAACAAAACAACCCGCUUCUCCCGUCGUUCCUUCCCCGGAGCAACCUCUGGACUCCGAAUUGAAAAACAGCAACCACGAAGAGGAAAUUCCAAAAUUUCAAGACACCAGCCAGUACGUGGUCGCCGAACUGCGGGCGCUGGAGAACGAACAGAAGCAGAUUGACGGACGGGCAGCGGUGGUGGAGAAGGAACUGCGGGCUCUGAUGCAAACAGGUGCAGAUAAAUUGAAGGAGGAAGAACUGAUCCAGGAAUGGUUCACCCUGGUCAAUAAGAAGAACGCCCUGAUCCGGAGACAGGAUCAACUACAGCUGUUAAUUGAAGAACAAGACUUGGAACGACGGUUUGAACUCCUGAGCCGUGAACUUCGCGCCAUGAUGGCCAUCGAAGACUUGCUCAAAACAGAAACCCAGCGGCAGCGGGAGCAGCUCCUUCUGGAAGAACUGGUCUCACUGGUGAAUCAGCGCGAUGAAUUAGUCAGAGAUCUAGAUAUCAAAGAGCGUAUAGCUCUGGAAGAAGACGCCAGACUGGAACGAGGCUUACAGCAAAGACGUCACAAGAUGAGUCGGCGGGAAAAGUGCCGCGUCAGCUGAGAAGGGCUCCUGCCUUCGUCUCCGACACCCACCCUGCAGUGUGGGGUUUCCCGAACCGCCACCGACCUUUCGCCUUCCGACGCUGCUUCCGGCUUGCUGCGCUCUGUUCAUGCCCAGGAGAAAGUCUCUGUGGACUUUUCCCCACUUUUGAAGGGCAUAAAUUAAGAUGCACUUAAUAUUUUUCUUUUUUUUUUUUAAACCUCUGGGGGGGGAAAAAAAAACAAACUUUUGAUAGGGAUUUUUCUCUCGAUCUGGGGGAGAUAUUUGCAACGAUCUGCUUUAGAAACUUAUUUAUUGGUUUGCGUGUGUCCGUGUGUUUGCCUUGCCUGCCUGCGUGCAUACCAGGAGGUUCUGAGUUCGAAAACGGGUUCUGAGUUUUUGCCAGAAGCCGCCUUUUACUUUUUGAAUGUUUCUCUUUUUUUAAAAAAAAAAACAAUCCACGCUUGAUGGUACCAAAGCCACCGAGUGCCUUAAAUGCUUCUAGUGCCAAAUGGAAUGACGGGCAAAACUUAACGCCCAUCUCUUCCUGAAAUUCGAGCUCCUGAGUAUUUGCACUAAAUUUGUACUGGACUUCGGAAUAAAUUGUUUUGAAAAUACGAACAA